UCGCCUCCCCUGCUCCCCGAUUGGGUGGGGCUGCCUCCCUGCACCUCCCUCGGUGAAGACGCCGCGCUUCUGCUGGGUAGCGGAUCCCGGGGACUCGGAGCUUCGGUGACCCGCUCGGCGCAUGGCGUCCCAGGGUCGUCGGCGGAGGCCCCCGCGGAGGCCCGAGACGGUGGUGCCGGGGGAGGCGGCCGAGACGGACUCGGAGCUCUCCGCGUCCUCGUCGGAGGAGGAGCUGUACCUGGGCCCCUCGGGCCCCACGCGCGGCCGCCCCACGGGGCUGCGGGUGGCCGGGGAGGCCGCGGAGACCGACUCGGAGCCGGAGCCGGAGCCGACGACCGCGCCGAGGGACCUGCCCCCGCUCGUCGUGCAGCGGGAAACGGCCGGGGCGGCGGGGCUGGCGGCGGCCCACAGCGUGCGCCUGGCGCGGGGGGACCUCUGCGCGCUGGCCGAGCGCCUGGACAUCGUGGCCAGCUGCCGCCUGCUGCCCGACAUCCGCGGCGUGCCGGGGACCGAGCUGGAGCAAGACCCGGGACCGCGGGCCUAGCCAUGACCCACUGCACCGCCUGACUCUGCGCCUUGGGGGUAGGCCUUGGGGCCUCUGGGACCUGUCUCUGUACCCUGUGUAGCCGCCUCCCAGCUUGCUGUCACC